UUAGCAUACGAAGGCAUAUUCUUAACGUAAUCGAACAAGGGAAGCAUGUUUUGAGAAAGCUAAGCUGAGCUGAGCUAAGAAAAUAAACAAGACCGUUACUGUAACAAAAAAACAUUUCAUAAUUCAGAGGAUAUUCAAUUUCUGUUCCUGCUUGCGUUUGCUUGUAACGUUUCUCAAAGGAGAAAAAGGAAAAACUGCAAUUAAUUUGUUUAUUUAUAAACAAAACUAUUUGACAAAUAAGCAGAGAAGGGAGAUGGGUGAGGUGGCAGUUACGACGUCGUCAAUAAUGCACAAUUACCCUCUCGUUUCCGCCAUUGUUGCUUUUGUCAUCGCACAAGCCAUCAAGUUUUUCACUACCUGGUAUAAGGAAAAAAGAUGGGAUCCGAAGCAACUUGUUGGAUCUGGUGGAAUGCCUUCUUCACAUUCAGCUACUGUCGCUGCUCUUGCCGCCGCAAUAGGGUUCCAUGAAGGCUUUGGAGGACCUCUUUUUGCGACUGCUUUGGUUCUAGCUUGUAUUGUGAUGUAUGAUGCUACUGGUGUAAGAUUGCAAGCUGGACGCCAAGCAGAGAUUUUGAAUCAAAUCGUGUUUGAACUUCCUGCUGAACAUCCUCUAGCUGAAAGCAGACCACUCCGGGAACCACUUGGGCAUACACCCCCUCAGGUUGUUGCUGGUGGGGUACUUGGAAUUAUAACAGCAGGUAUUGGUUAUCUAAUAACCAUGGCUAGUACCUGAAGUUGAGGAUUUGUUGUUUCAUCUCCAGAGGACCCUUGUAUAGGAAUCAAAAACACCAGUGUCUUCUAGAGCCUUGUUCCCUCAUAAAGUCUGAUAUGUGCUCCUUCAUUCUUAUCCCAGCCCGUAAUCACUUAAUCUUGUUGUGAUUUCAACAGUGGCGAUAAAUUCAAUUGUAUUGAUUACACUUGAUAGAAUGGAAAUAUGUCUAAUGGGAUCAUUUUUUAGCCCUAUUGUAUGCUUCUUAGCAUGUUCAGUUUAAGAAUUUUUUAAUGGAUUUAUCUCUAAGCAUUACAUUAAGUCA